AUGUCACAAGUAUUCGAAGAAUGUGUUUCCUUUAUCAACGGAUUACCUAAAACUAUAAAUUUGCCUAAUGAACUAAAGUUAGAUUUAUAUAAAUAUUAUAAGCAGAGCACCAUAGGCAAUUGUAAUAUAAAGGAACCAAGUAUGCAUAAAUUUGUUGAUAGAAAAAAAUAUGAAGCUUGGAAAUCUGUGGAAAAUUUAAAUAAAGAAGAUGCAAAAAAGAGAUAUGUUGAUAUUGUUAGUGAAAUAUUUCCAUAUUGGCAAGAUGGGGAAUAA